UUAAUUGCAGAUGAAGAUACAAAAAGGAGAGCGAAGAAAGUUAAGAAAAAGGAAAAAAAGAAGAAACACAGAUCGAAGAAAUAUAAGAAAAAGAAGUCUAAGAAGAGCAGAAAAGAGUCCAGUGAUUCAAGUUCUAAAGAUUCCCAAGAAGAAUUUCUGGAGAAUCUCUGGAAGGAUCGAUCAAAGGCUGAAGAACCCUCAGAUUUAAUUGGCCCAGAAGCUCCAAAAACACUUGCCUCUCAAGAUGAUAAACCUUUGAACUAUGGCCAUGCUCUAUUACCUGGUGAAGGUGCAGCUAUGGCUGAAUAUGUAAAAGCUGGAAAACGUAUUCCACGAAGAGGUGAAAUUGGGUUGACAAGUGAAGAAAUUGCAUCAUUUGAGUGUUCGGGUUACGUAAUGAGUGGUAGCAGGCAUCGCCGAAUGGAGGCCGUGCGACUGCGAAAAGAGAACCAGAUCUAUAGUGCUGAUGAGAAGAGAGCCCUUGCGUCUUUUAACCAAGAAGAGAGACGAAAGAGAGAGAACAAGAUCCUGGCCAGUUUUCGAGAGAUGGUAUACAGAAAGACCAAAGGGAAGGAUGACAAAUAAAGAUUUUCUAAUUGUUCAGCAGGCAUUUUUCACAGCAAAAAAGAAAGUCUGUGUUCUCCACAUACACAAAAAGAUUAUUAUGCUCUGAAAAAGCUUUACAGUGCUACUGUGCCUUCUAUUUAAUUCCUUCAGUCCUUCAAUUAAAAAGCUGCUUAUUGAUAAUAACUGUAGUAAAUUAUUUGGGAUUGACCUUAACGUUUUGGUUUAAAAAUCCAAAUUAUGAAUGAAAUCCUACUGUAUUAGGGGAGGUGGCAUGGAGAGAAAGUGUCAGUAAGAUGAGAAACUUAAUCUCACGCUAAGGCUCAGUGCUCCGAUUGGCUCUACACAAUGCCGACCCUACGUGUUCUUAGGGGAAAUUAUCAUUCCUCUGUGUUGAACGUGUUAUAAGUGGACUUGAUAGAAACUACAUAGGAGGCUACUUUUGUUAAGAAAAUGAAAGCUUUGCUGAAAAAAAAGAGCAAGUCUGGAAUUUGAAAACUGACUUGUAAGAUGUAUAAUCUGCCCUGGAAUAGUUAUUUUGCUUUCAGUACCUACCUGUACUCUAAAAUGAGCCAACAAGCCAAAAAGCAAACUAACCCAUGGAUUUUUUGAAUUGAAAAUAUAAACAUAUGGUGUUUUAAAUUCUUAAUAAUCCACUUAAAGAUGGCUCUUUCAGGGGCUGGGGAUAUAGCUCAGUGGUACAGUGCAUGCUUAGCAUACCUAAGACCCUGGGUUCGAUUCUCAGCACUGCAAAAGAAAAAAAAUACUUUCAAAUAUAAAAUCUUGGGAAGUCUAUUGCUGUGCCAGUGUAAGCACCUUAUUUCUAUUUAAUCUAUACUUCAGUGAUAGGAUAACAUCUGGAAAGAAUGAGAGUCAACUAUAGUCAAGAGUGCUGGUGGGAAAAAAUAUAAUGAGUCAGUUGUUUCAUAAGAUGAAGCUAAAAUGAUAUUCAACUUUUUGCAGUGCUAGUGAUUAAAUCCUGGAGCUUUGCACUGAGCUACAUCCCCAGCCCUUUCUAUUCUUAUUUAUUUUUUUGAGACAGGGUCUUAGUCACAAAGUUGCUCAGGCUGGGCUUGAACUUGUGAUCCUCUUGUCUCAGCCUUGAUAUUAAACAUUUUUAAACUUUGUCCUUUAUGUAAGAAGAAGAUCUAGUUAUAAACGUUAAAUCUUUCAGUUUACUUUUUAUAUCAUUCAGUUUAAUCGUUAACUUUGUAUAAAACCCCCUCACAUUAUCACUUUUUUGGAAAGUGCAAAUGGUGGGACUGUGAGAUCAUAAUCUUUUUCCUUCCCUUAUUUUGUUCAAUUUAAUUAGGUCACUUUGGGGAGGGGACAGUUGAAGUUUUCACUGUUUUUGUUAAGCUUGGAAGGUUGUUUUGAUUUCCAGUAUUAUAUACAUAGGAUAAAUUUAGAUUGCUGGGUGACAGGAAAAUUUUGACUAUGCCAUUAUAAAAUGCCCUUCUUAUAAUAAUUUAAAGUGGUUUUUGUUCAGUUUUUAAAUAAGGCACUCAUAUUUCAAGUAUAGAGCACAAAUUUUUCUAUUUAACAUGUAUUCUUGGGAAAUGUCUACCUUUAAUCCACAACUGCUGAACUAAACAGCAGUCAGCAUAUAGCAAUAUCUGUGACCCCUGAACUUGAGGUGAUUUAUGCUACCUAGCCUAAAUUCCAAAAGUUAAAAGGAAACUAGGUCCCAAACUUGUGAGUCUUAAUCCAUCCACUUCCUUGUAUAAUAAAACCUAAAGUUUAUAAUUCCCACUUUACAAAAUUUUAUUCUCUAAGGACAUUUUUGUUACUGGUUCUUAGAGACUGAAAUGGUAUCUUCUUUUAUUUUUAGUAGGCAAGCUAGUGUAAAUGCAGCAAUUUUGCAAUACAUAUAUGAAUACUGUGAAUUUUCAUUUGAGUAAACAAAAGAAAAGAUAUUAAAUGAUUUGAGAACCUUACCACUUUUUUCAUCAGGGUUUUUUGGGGAAAUAUCUAUGAAACAGUAGCUUCAAUAGCAUAUUCUUUAGGAAAGAGGAAGGAAGAAUAAAAGGGCUUAAAGUAUUUUAUUUUCAGCUUAUGAGGCUUAGUGUUUCAAACUAUGUUCACCUAAACCAUGUAGGGCUAUUGUGUUUCAAAGAUAUUUUUCUGUUCUUCAAGGAGACACCUCCUCACCUGUCACUCUGAUAGGAUUUUCCCUUCCUUUUAAUUUAUUGCACAAAUAUGGUUUUUAAAAAGGGGGGGCUGGGGAUUUAGCUCAGUGUUUCCACCGCCUGCCUCACAUGCACAAGGUCCUGAGUUCGAUCCCUGGUACCCAAAAAAAAGAAGGAAGAAAAAUUACAGUCCUACCAUCUCAAUCGCUAGUGUUCUGUGUUCUUUUCCAGUGUUUGUCUAAGUGAGUAUGUAUUCUGAUGUACUUGUGAGUAAUCACUGAGUGUAAUGUAAAUUUGUCUUUGGUGUUUUAAAAUUUUGCAGCCUGGUAAGGGAGCUUCUCAGAAAAGGUGGAAACAAGAGAUGAUCUGAUAUGAGGAUGGGCAGACCGGAAAUAAGAAAGGGUACUGAUUGAACCCAUUUCUGUUGCAUUGCCCCCACCCACCCCCGUCUUCAAGCCACCCUGCUGCCAUCACCAGUGUGAUGGUGCGUUGUGGAAGGCAGCAUGCCAGGUGUCAGAGUAUUAAGUGUACUGUUCAGCAGUAAGGCCAACUCACAGUAAAUAAAGUGAUCUAUGAGGAGGGCCACCCUUCAGACUGGUUAUACUAGGAGCUGUAGAACCUUCGCCAUUUUUUUGUUCCCCAGUUGGGACCAUAAGGGUGUGUCUGGAUUGGAGACUUAGGCACAGAUCGGGGAUUAAGCAGCCAAGUACCAGCCAUGGUUUGGUCUGACAGGUGAAUUGUAGCAACUCUCUAAACUCAGCUCUGUACUUGUAAGACUCAAAAAUGAUGCAUAAUGAUGGGAAAAAUCUUGUAGAAAAUAGAAAACAACUUUCUGGUUACUCUGCUCAUGUGAUGGAAGUUGCAGAAUGGGAAAUGAAUGAAUGCAAAAAAUACAGCUUGAUUGUAUGCCACAAGUUUAUUCAAUAAAUAUUCCGUGGUUUGA